GCGAAUUCAGUCAAUCGCUUAUAUCGAACGAGUAUUGGUCACAAAGUCGGGAUUAAAUUUUAAUUUGUAUUCCUUUGAGCUCAAGUUAUUUAAGUGUUAAAAUGAAUCGUUUAAUUUUUAAAUCAUCCUCGACUAAAUUGCUCUCCUACAAGAAACUCAGUGAAAAUUAUUUUAAAAAUAAAUUCCAAUAUUUUGCUAGCUCUGCAAACGAUGUUUUGUAUCCUAAGAACUCAGACUUUCCAAGUCGUCAUAUAGGUCCCCGUAAAACGGAUGUUGUUGCCAUGCUUGAUACCUUAGGUUAUAAGUCACUCAAUGAACUCACAGAAAAAGCAGUUCCAAAGAGCAUUCAACUUAACAGGGAUUUAAAUCUCGACAAACCGUUAAGUGAACAUGAACUAAUUGAAAGAAUCCGAUCGAUUGCCAAUAAAAAUGAAAUUUGGAGAUCUUACAUCGGGAUGGGUUAUCACAAUUGCUAUGUUCCGCACACAAUCCAACGGAAUAUAUUCGAAAACCCAGGAUGGACAACUCAAUACACGCCCUACCAACCUGAAAUUGCCCAAGGACGUCUUGAAUCUCUGCUAAAUUAUCAGACGCUGGUCUCAGAAAUGACUGGACUUGAUGUUGCAAAUGCUUCACUUCUCGAUGAAGGAACUGCAGCAGCUGAAGCCAUGUGUUUAUGUGCCAGACACAAUAAACGAAACAAGCUUUAUAUCUCGAACAAAGUCCAUCCGCAAACUAUAUCUGUAGUCCAAACUCGUGCUUCGGCUUUGGAUCUCGAAAUUGAAGUAGGACCAAUUCAGAAUGCUGAUCUGAAGAGUCGUGAGUUUGCGGGAAUUCUUCUGCAAUAUCCCGAUACUUAUGGUGACGUUAACGACUUUGAAAGUAUCUCAGAACUUGCUCGAAAAAAUGGAACUUUAACAGUAGUGGCAACAGACCUUUUGGCAUUGACUCUUCUCAGACCACCAGCUGAAUUUGGAGCUGAUAUAGCUAUUGGUACGUCACAACGAUUGGGCGUCCCACUGGGUUAUGGAGGUCCGCAUGCAGGAUUCUUUGCAUGCAAACAAAGCUUGGUGCGACUCAUGCCUGGCCGCAUGAUUGGUGUCACAAGGGAUGCAGAUGGUAACGAUGCCUACAGAUUGGCCCUCCAAACUCGUGAACAACACAUCAGACGUGACAAGGCUACCAGUAAUAUCUGCACUGCUCAAGCCUUGUUGGCAAAUAUGUCUGCAAUGUUCGCUGUUUAUCAUGGCCCACAGGGUCUUAAGGAAAUAGCUAAGCGAAUCCAUCAUUCAGCGCUUACUCUUUAUGCGGGCCUAAUAAGUGCUGGACACAAAGUCAGUAAUGAGCGUUUCUUUGACACCCUACAUAUCAUCCCAUCUCAAGCGAUGACAGUGGAAGAAAUCCGUAAACGAGCCGAGGAGAAAAGAAUAAACUUCAGAUAUUUCCCCGAUGGCUCAGUGAGUGUAGCCCUUGAUGAGACGGUCUCCCCCAAUGACAUAUCCGAUCUCUUGUCGAUUUUUGGAUGUAAGUCUAUUGAGGAAGUUCUCAACGAAUCAGACAUUGCAAAGAACUCAAUUGAGAAUACAAAAUUCCUGAGAACUUCAGCCUAUUUGACACAUCCCAUCUUUAGCACUCAUCACAGUGAAUCGAGAAUGGUGCGCUACAUGAAGAAGUUAGAGAACAAGGAUAUCUCUUUGGUCCAUUCUAUGAUACCUCUGGGAUCGUGUACAAUGAAGCUCAAUUCUACCACCGAAAUGAUGCCAUGCUCGUUUCACCACUUUACCGACAUCCAUCCAUUUGCACCGGUCGAGCAGGCUCAGGGCUAUCAUCAGAUGUUCAACGAGCUGGAAAAGGAUCUCUGUGAGAUCACAGGAUAUGACAAAAUUUCAUUCCAGCCCAAUAGUGGAGCGCAGGGAGAAUACGCUGGUCUGCGAGCAAUUCGAUCUUAUCAUGAGCAUCGCAAUGAGAGUCAUCGGAAUAUUUGCUUGAUCCCAAUCAGUGCACACGGGACCAACCCUGCUUCCGCACAAAUGGCUGGCAUGAAGGUGGAACCAAUUCGUCUGAAGCCUGACGGAAGUAUAGACAUGGCUCAUUUGAAGGACAAAGUUUCCGAGCACGAAAGGGAUCUUUCCUGUCUGAUGAUUACUUACCCGUCCACGAUGGGUGUGUUCGAGGAGACUGUGGCUGACAUUUGCGAUAUGAUCCACGAGCACGGUGGUCAGGUGUACCUCGAUGGAGCCAAUAUGAAUGCCCAAGUGGGUUUGUGUCGUCCUGGUGACUACGGAAGCGACGUAUCCCAUUUGAAUUUGCAUAAAACAUUCUGCAUUCCUCACGGUGGAGGUGGACCGGGAAUGGGACCGAUUGGAGUGAAAUCUCACCUGGCUCCCUAUCUGCCUGGUCAUCCAGUUAUAAGCCCUCUAGAGUGUGAAGCCAAUAGCUUCGGUGUUGUGAGUGCUGCACCAUUUGGUAGCUCAGCGAUUCUCCCCAUAUCGUGGUCAUACAUCAAACUUAUGGGAAGUAAAGGUCUUAAGAGAGCGACACAAGUUGCAAUCCUCAAUGCCAACUACAUGUCCAAGCGUCUCGAAGGGGAAUACAAGACUUUGUUCAAAGACCCCAAAAAUGGCUUAGUGGCACAUGAAUUCAUUUUGGACGUGAGAGAUUUAAAGAAAUCGGCAAAUAUAGAAGCCGUUGAUAUUGCCAAGCGCUUAAUGGAUUACGGAUUUCAUGCUCCGACAAUGUCAUGGCCCGUUGGGGGAACUCUGAUGAUUGAACCAACCGAGUCAGAAGAUAAACAGGAAUUGGAUAGGUUUUGUGAAGCAAUGCUCUCGAUUCGUAGUGAAAUCAGAGAAAUCGAAGAAGGUCGAAUGGAUAAGAGUGUGAAUCCUUUGAAAAUGGCGCCCCACACUCAGUCACAAGUUGUUUCGGAUAGUUGGAAUAGGCCGUACAGUAGGGAAUUGGCAGCUUUUCCAGCGCCCUUCGUAAAAUCUGAAUCAAAAAUGUGGCCAACAGUUGGACGAAUUGAUGAUGCUUACGGUGAUAAGCAUUUGGUGUGUACGUGUCCUCCAAUUCUUCCGGAAUUUUAAUUCAAAAAGUGUUUGUUUUUCGUUAAAAUUUAAGUCCUAGAUGUAUGAGUCAGUCUUUUUUGUAUUAUGUAAGCCUAAAUAUGUUUAAAUAAAUUCGUUUAAUAGAACAUAA